GUCUCAUUCAUCACCUGCCAACUUCCAACUUUCACGUCCAAACCUCAUACGGAGUAACACCAUCUACACUGUGGUCGCCGAGUCUUCGACCCAGAUACUGAGUCAAGAAUACCAGAGCCGUUGGUUCCCAAGGGUCAUUGCCGUUCCCUCGAAGCUGUGACCAUCAGGCUUCUGGCAAUUACCAUGAAGCGGCUGGCCACAUCAUAAAGCGUCUCACAAUAAACUGUCGGGCCAAUUGAGCCCUUUUAGAAUGGACCAAGAAGGCUUGUCCGGUUGGAGUGCUUCCAGAGAUGAUGUGGAAGGACUCUUCAGUGAUUACGAGCCCUCAGCCCCAAAUCCAGAAAACCCUAGGUCGCCCUGGAGUGACCGGAACAGCGUGGCUUCACCUUUGCAUUCAUCACAAUAUCUAGCCGAUACAUCCUCCUCCAGAGUUAUCAGAUCACCGCUGCCACAGACCACGGGGAGUCCUUCACGGCCACUAUCGCAACGAAGAGCCGCGUCUGCGAACCAGGUUCUUGCAAGUAACUAUGGAGAGCAAAGCAUCCCGACAACUUCGUUCGAGCCUCCGCUUCGAUCCAUCUUCGCAUCUGGACCUCCAACCGCUUCUAUAUCGGCAAACACUGCUCUAGCAUCAAUGAGUGGUGCGAUCUCUUCCAGUACCACAGGACCCUUGGCUGCAUUGACACAUGCCGGCGGCAGCCGUCGAAGUCUUAGUCGGCCUGGUGAUACUACUCCUUCAACACCAGUGACUGCAAAUAGACAACCUCUAAACAGCUCAGAGAAAGAUGUCGAUGACCCAACGACAAACACGACGACAAAUGCUCUGGAUAUUGCCUCAGCCAGUACCCCGGCUACCGUCUCUCGCCUAUUCGUUCCUGGGGAUGCACGAAGUCCAAGUUUGUCGAGAGGUCCAUCCUAUAUCCGUGCCAUCUCGGGUAUUGGCCGGAGUAUUGGUGAUACCUCGACUCUGACCGGCCACCUAUUCCACUUUGGAUUUGAAGAAGGACGCCACUCCGAUAUAACAGUGCACGCCUUUGGACAAGCUUAUAAACUUCAUAAACUUCUACUCGACCGAGUCCCUUUCUUUGCCUCGGCAUUUUCUGGAUCAUGGGCAGAAAGUAGUGCCAAAGAAAUAACCAUUCUGCCUGAGGAUAUCGAUGCAAACAUUACAAAAACUGCAUUUGAGCUUGCCUUGAAAAGGAUAUAUGGCACGCAGUUUCCACUUCAGGAAGAGGAAGAAGCCAUUGGACUUUUCGCAACGGGCUGUUGGCUCGACAUACCAGACCUGGUUGAUUCAUGUGUCGAAAGCAUUCUUCGGCAAAUGCAGCCUUCUACGCUCGCCAGCCUCAUCAAGCUCGUCACAAACAAUUACUAUGGCAAAUCCGGAGAUCGUAUCCUUGCCUCAGCCAAAGCUAUGUUGUGUAGGGAAGGUUGGGAGAUGCCAUAUGAGUUCUGGGACGAGAUACCCGCAGAGAUCAUUCGUGAGAUCGUUGGCGGUGACCCUUUCUUCGUGCCUGGAGAAUGGGACAGAUGGUAUUUGGCGGUGAAGCUACUCAAUCGCCGUCUUCGGGCCAAAGCCGUCGAGAAUGGUCUAGUCUCUCCUGGAGGACGAUACAUUCAUCCAAAGCCGAAUAGCCUCCGGUUUUUCGCGGUGAGGUUUGAUGCUCCAUACAGGAUUGCAGGUAACAAUCGGUAUGUGUCCGAAAAGGACGACGCAUGGAUCGCUCUGUAUACCACACCCGAAGUUGCACCGCUAUUGGUCCUUCUUGAUGAGGGCAUUCACUACGUGCAUCUGCGAUUCGAGCAGUUGCAACAGAUUCGCUCUCACCGAGAUAUUCUCGGGGUUCCUAUACUACCAGAAAAGGUUAUAUCUGAUGCUUUGUGGAUGUCCAUGGAACUUCGACAAAAAGUCCUCAACGCUCGAGAUGGAGAUAUUGAGUUAGGGCUGAGCGAAGUUGCCGACGAUUAUGAAGUGGUUGUCACAGAUCAAGAGGCCUCGGCCAUGGUCAAAGGGAAAGGAAGGGAGCAAGAUGAGGCAAGCGAAGCUGGUCUCGAGAUGGAGUCUGGUUCAUGGGACGGCAAUGGCAAGCCCCGGAAAUUCUGGAUUCCCAGCCAUGAUGUGUCCUGCGUAAUGGGCGGAACCCGCGAAGCCUGUAUCGCAUCGAACGCGACGAUUGGCGCCGACUGGAGCACGAAUGCAGCCAGACUGUCGGCGAGUCUCGAACCAACGGAUGUGGCCUGGGCGUUUGACUUCACUGGCCAAAACGUGAUUGAAGGUGGUAGGCCUCCGUCAAGGAACUAUUCGCCAGAGGAUGCGCCCCGGUUUAGCCAUUAUCCUCCGUUUCGCUUCGCCGCCGAGUUUCCCAACCCGAGGUCGCUAAAAGAGAAGAAACGCAUCUACUCGCAGACGGUGUGGUACGCAGGGAGCCUGUGGAAUCUCUACAUUCAACGCGUCAACAACUCGAAAUCACAACAACUCGGAAUAUAUCUACAUCGUGCCAAGGACAAGGACCCAAAUGAUGACCCUCUGGCUCAGUUCAUCCCCGCCACUGUCGACGAUCGAAUCGGACAGCUCGAGCGUGAGAUGCUACUUCGGAAGAACGAACGGCGCAAUCAGAUCUGGAGGACCGGCGAAGCUGCUCGGGGGCCGGAAGCCGAUCGCGAGGAUGGAUCGUCGGUCUCUACGGAGUUUGACUCCGGGACCGUACGCUUUGGCGACACGGAAAGCUCCCCCACCAAGGAUCGAAUAGGCGGGAUUGCAGCAACCAACAACAAGACUUCACAAAUGCCUGGUAAUACGGUGGACUCUGGAGGAGAAGGGGGCGCCACAGGCACGCAAAUGCUGGAUGAAGAUGAAGAGGAUGAAGAGCUCGUGCGCAGGAACCGGAAAUACAAUGUUUCCACCAUGCCACCUUAUAUGGACUCGCGGCCUACGAUCCGGACGUACUUCAAGAUAUACUCACCUAGCAAGGCCGGCCGGCUAUUGAGCAUCUACGAGAGCGCUCCGGAUCGGUUCGACGUGAGCAAGAGCUGGGGUUGGAAGAGUAGCCAGAUGCAACUCGACGACGGGAUGAGUGGACCGGACACCAACAAGACCAGCAAGGACAAUAAACUCCGGUAUAUGGUCGUCAUUGGGAACGUUUGAUUAACAAGAUUGAUCGAUCUAUUGUACGUAUGAUGAGGUGGUCUUUGGGUCUUGGGUGACCUUGUCGAGUUAUUAGCGCCAUUUUUUAUCGAACACGAAGUAUUUAGGAUGCCAAUUAUGAGAAACAUGACAAUUGAUGAUGUAUGAAGCAAGAAACAAGGGGUUUAUUUUGUUCGGUUGUUGGUUGGGGUUGGGGUGUUUUGUUCACUACGAGUACCAAGGCAGAUAUGACUAUGAAUGCC